AUGCUGCUCAGUGACGAACAUGCGGCGUUGCUUGCGAAGUAUUACCGAACGGUCCAGCUCACCGGGGAGCAGAAGGACCUUCUUAUAGAGAAGUACUGGGAGGCCAACAAGGAGGAGCGGAGCGAGAUUGCGCGCGCCUACUCCGCCCUCUUUGCCACCGACGCGACGUUCAUGCAGCGGCUAGUGGCGUACUACGACACGCACGUGGCCCUCCUAAACCGCGGGAAGGCGACCUGUCGCCGCGACGGCGGCGGUGACGAGGGAAGAGGCGAAGGGAACCCGCGCCGGAGUCCUCUCCCAGCCGCCGCCGCAGCCGACGGCGAGGACGACCAGCAGCCGUCCCACCACCACCGCAACCACCACCUUCACCCGCACAGACGGACCUCACGGGGCGCCAAGGCCGGGGGUGCGGCAACGCUUUCGCACGCAGAGUUGCUGCUUCGCACGGCAAUUCACGAUCAGUACCCGAAACUCACGGGGGACGGCCCGUUUCCGAUCUCCUUUGGAAUCGUACAGACGGAAGAGGAACGCCGCGAGGCCGUUGAUUUGUAUUCAGCGCAGUUUCAGUACCCGGACCCGCCGGAGUUGCAACGGCUGGUGAUCCUUCCACAAUCUCACUCGACGCGUACCCGACGGCGUGCAAAGGGCGGCUACACGUGGUAUAUUCGUUCGCAGACGACCAAAGAGAUGGUAUGCGCGGCUACCAUAAAGGCCCACCACUACGACACGCAGCAUUUUGUGGAGGUUCCAUUGUUUGCAACGGGUGUUGGGUACAAAAAAGUAGGUUUUGGACGCUUGUUGAAUGCCGCUCUCCUGGAGUGGUGUGCCGAAGCCGGGUUUGAGUUUGUGAUGGUCUCUGCCGAUGUGCAGGCCAUUCCAUUCUGGUCCCAUCUGGGGUAUGCCACCAUGUCAAAGAGUGAACUCACACGCAUUGCCUUUUAUUACGAGCACAACUGUUACAAGUUUAAGGGUGCGGAGGCAAUGAUCCGAUACCUUCAAGCGCGGCCCCUGCACGCUGUGCAGGCCUCCCUGGAGCGGAUGCCAAAGAUUGUGGUGGUGGGCCCGCUCAGUCUGCCGAAUCCAUGA